UUCAGGAACAGCACCGGGCGGGGCGCGCGACGGUCCCCGCCAUGUCUGCAGCCAUGAGGCAGAGGUUCGACCAGUUCCUUCACCAGAAGAACUGCAUGACUGAUCUCCUGGCCAAGAUCGAGGCCAAGACCGGCGUGAACCGGAGCUUCAUCGCGCUCGGUGUUAUCGGGCUGCUGGCUUUGUACCUGGUGUUCGGCUAUGGAGCCUCUCUCCUCUGCAACCUGAUAGGAUUUGGUUACCCAGCCUACGUCUCAAUUAAAGCCAUAGAAAGCCCCAACAAAGAAGAUGAUACCCAGUGGCUGACCUACUGGGUGGUAUAUGGUGUCUUCAGCCUUGUCGAAUUCUUCUCCGACCUCUUCCUGUCCUGGUUCCCCUUCUACUACAUGCUGAAGUGCGGCUUCCUGCUGUGGUGCAUGGCUCCCAACCCUGCCAACGGGGCAGACCUGCUCUACAAGCGCGUCAUCCGGCCCUUCUUCCUGAAGCACGAGUCCCAAGUGGACAGUGUGCCAAGAAAGCUGCCGUGAAUUUACUGGGUGAGGAAAAGAAGAGCACCUAAGCCACUGACUGGAUGAAACCCUUCUGGCCUCUCGGUACCCUCCUAUUAGAGCUUGACAUUAUAUUAGGAACUGUGGUAUAUAGUCAUUUUAAUAAUGUUGCCUUGGAAACAUUUUUGAUAUAUUAAAAAGAGGAAUGUGUUGUAA